GAGCCAUGCUGAUGGCCAUCUGGCAGAAGGGAAUGGUCCCCGAAGAGGUCGAGACGCUGACCCGUGAGAUGAUGUCAUCGGGGGAAGUGAUGUCAUGGCCGAAGGAGUGGGCGGGGCUUGUGGUCGACAAACACUCAACAGGAGGCGUCGGAGAUAAAGUCAGUUUGGUGUUAGCACCUGCCCUAGCUGCCUGCGGCUGUAAGGUGCCGAUGAUCAGUGGGCGGGGCUUAGCGCACACAGGAGGAACUCUGGAUAAACUGGAGUCAAUUCCUGGAUUCAACAUCCACCAAUCAGCUGCUCAG